AUGUCUCCUGAUAAGCAAGACCAUUCGUACGAGAGCCAAGAAGUCCGACAUAUACAAAGUGAAGAUUUGGGAAAGCCAGAAAACCUUGAGGAUAUCACAACUGGACCAUCUCCGCCAUCAGAAUGGAUUCAAGGCUGGCGACUCGCAGCCAUUGCGCUAGGGACUUGCAUCGCUGUUGGUAUGACUCAGGCAGACUCUACUAUUGCAAGCACAGCAAUUCUUGUCAUCACUGAUGAUCUUGGUGGAUUCGACACCAGCCCGUGGGUUUUCACUGGAUAUUUAAUCACAUAUGGCGGUAUGGGCAGCUUCCCAAUCAUUUUAGCGCGCGUGUCGGAUAUAGUGGGAAGAAAAGCAGUCUUUUUGACUUGUUUACUCAUGUUUACAAUCUUUUCGGGAGCUUGUGGAGCUUCUCAGACGCUGCUUGAAAUGAUUAUGUUCCGAUGGGUUCAAGGACUUGGUGCAUCUGGUGUGUUGUCAAUUGGUACUCUGUACGGUUUCGAGCUGAGGCCGCCUGGAAAAUGGCCGGCAUACUCAGCCCUAAUUUCUCUUGCUGUGUCAAUUUCCCUAUCCAUCGCACUUGUCAUUGGAGCCGCCUUAACUCAGAUCGGGCAAUGGAGAUGGAUUUUUCUCAUUAAUGCUCCGAUUGGGGCCACUGGAUUUCUACUGCUUAUGUUAGGAAUGCCUUCAAAACUUCCGCGCGAGCCUGCAUCCCACGCUGCUAACGUAAAACGAUGGUAUCACAACUUGCAAAAGCUCGAUUUCCCAGGAGUAUUCGCGCUUGUUGGUGCCUCGGUGCUAUUGACGGCUGCUUUGGAACAAGCCGCGGCGGGAAGAUCUUUUGCUGCUCAUACCAUUAUUCCUCUGCUAGUUUUGGCGCCUAUUUUCCUCCUCGUGUUCCUUUUCUGGCAAUGGUUCUCCACUACAAGACCGGGACAGUCCAUUGCAGACCCAAUUCUUUCCUGGAAUUUGCUAUCCGACAGAGUCUUUCUCGGGGUACUCAUCAAUGCUUUCUUUUCUGGAGCCAUCAUUACAGUAUCUAUUGUUCAGAUUCCCCAACGCUUUAUAAUUGUCAAUGGCCUUUCGCCGAUCGAUGCAGGUGUACGACUGAUUCCAUUCACGGCGGUGAUGGCUUUUACGGCGGUGAUAAUGUCUAUCGUCCUGAGCAAGUCAAAUAUUCCAGUCCUGUACUGGCUUCUAUUUGGCGGCCUGCUUCAAGUCGCGGGGAUAGCAGGGUUUUCUCAGUUGUCAGUUAAUCAUGACAUCGAACCAUCACAAUACGGCUUUCAGAUAUUGGCUGGUGCUGGCGUCGGCAUGUUCAAUGUUGUACUAUUGCUGCUCACUCCUUAUGUUGUGGAGAACCAACACCUAGGUAUGAAGGGUACCUUUAACGAUGCAACCGAAGCUGAUAGGAGAAUAGCUGUCGCUAAUGGUGCCAUCAACCAGUUCAGACUCCUUGGAGGAUCCUUUGGGCUCUCGAUCGUAGUUUGUGCUUCAAAUUCAAGCCUUAGGCAUCACCUCCUCUCUAUCUUGGAGCCUUCUCAAGUUUCGGUGCUUUUGAGUCGUACUGAAACCAUUCUAGCGCUACCAGAUGCUACACAAAUUAUUGUUAGAAAGAUGUUUGGACAGAGUUACAAUCUUCAGAUGCUGAUCGUAAUUGGUUUUGCGGCUGCUAACAUCCCAGUAUCCCUAAUGUAA